CAACUCAGAACCCGGUCUUCCGGUUUAGACAAACAACACCGGUGUAGUCAGUCAAGCAAAGCCAUAGGUUUUUCAUUGAGUAAAGUCGUAUCUCUGCUUUGGCGCAGGAAAGUUAUAGUCAUAAUGCUUGUCCUCAGUGCUCUAGCCUUAUUUCUGAUAGUCCCAGGUCUCUUAGGUGAUGACAAGCCCAAGGGGCCCAAAGUCACAGACAAAGUUUACUUUGAUAUCACAAUAGGAGGAAAAGAUGCUGGGAGGAUAGUGAUAGGGUUGUUUGGUAAAACCGUCCCCAAAACUGUGAAAAAUUUUAAAACUAUUGCAGAAGGAACAGAGGAGAGAGAUGGUAAAAAGCUGACUUACAAAGGUAGUAAAUUCCAUCGUGUGAUUCCAGACUUCAUGAUCCAGGGAGGGGACUUCACCAGGGGAGAUGGAACUGGGGGGAGAAGUAUUUAUGGAGAGAAGUUUGCUGAUGAGAAUUUUAAGCUGAAGCAUUAUGGCUCUGGCUGGCUCUCCAUGGCUAAUGCCGGCAAGGACACAAAUGGAUCUCAGUUCUUCAUCACAGUCAAGAAAACAGAAUGGCUGGACGGAAGACAUGUUGUAUUUGGGAAAGUCCUGGAGGGCAUGGAUGUAGUAAGAAAAAUUGAAAGAAAUCCAACAGCAGGUGGUGAUAAGCCAAAAGAGGAAGUUGUUAUAAAAGAUUGUGGUUCACUUCCUGUAGAUACUCCAUUUGCUGUAGAGAAAAAAAGUGCUGAUUAAAAUUUAUUUUUUUAUA